AUGAAGCGACGAUUAAGCAGCGACUCGCCGCCUGGAAACGCGGACAGCGACUGGCAGCAGACGGUGACGGCGCUAGCGGCUCAGCAAGUAGCAGCAGCGCUGCUAUCUCCCCACAGCAUUAGCAGCUCGAUGCGCUUCGGCCGCGUAGCAUUCGCCGACCAAGAGCAGCAGAGCGUGAACGCGUUUUUGCAUCAGAAACUGGGCAAGGACAGUCUGGCCCGCCGGCCUGGACCUGGCGGCCGGAAACUGACGUACAUUGAGAGCUGCAAGGCUAUUGAAUUGGCCAAUCGCGCGUUCGGGUUCAAUGGCUGGUCGUGCCACAUUGUCGAGUGCAAGGAAGAGUUUAAGGAAAAAAAGGGGGAGCGCUGGAGCAUUGCCUACAGUUCGUUAGUUCGCAUCGAGCUGAAGGACGGCACGAGUCAUGAGGAUGUGGGAUUUGGUGCUUCGGACGGACAGAGAGACUUGGGGGCGGCCUUGGAGCAGGCCAAGAAGGCUAGUGUCUCGGACGCUCGGAAGAGAGCGUUGAGGCUCUUUGGAGAGUACCUGGGCAACUCUUGCUAUGACAGGGAACAUAUCAAGGACGUGAAUUCGAACAAACCCAUGGCACCGUUGGCAGCAGCACCGAACGUUGUACUGCCUGGACAGCCACAGAAGCAGCAGCCGGUGUCGGAUGGAGGCUCGUCUACUGGAAAUAGGCAGUCUACAGUGCACGAUGGUCAAGCAAUGAAGCCGCCGCCACGAGAGGAUCAGCAGCCACAGGUUGUACGGCAUCAGCAGCCACAGGCUCUGCCGCCUGUUCGUCAGCAUGGUCCGCCUUUGCCAUCUGCACAGCAGCAGCAAUAUCAUCAUCAACAGCAACAGGCAGUUCAGAAACAUGAACCACGUCAGCCAGUGCCGCAUCAGGUGCAACCACAACCGCAGCAGCACCAGUGGAAGCCACCUCAGACGGUACAUCAUCCGUCUACCAGUAAUGGAUAUCCGUUCGCGAAGCAGCAAAGUACGACUGCUCCUGCGGCCAUUCCACGAUCGUCAACAUUGCAGACAACUGCAAUCAACAAAACAAACAUUGGAUAUGGAUCCUCUACUUCAACGACUGCGUCAAGUUUUUCUUCGAACCCGAUUCGUCCACAGGCGCAGCGAUGGGCUUCGUCGAACGCUCCGCCACCGCCACGUAUGACGGCGUCGACCAAUCCUCCACCCAUAUUUAAAACCGAGCAACUUCCGACAGUUCAGGACCAGCCGGAUGCUCGAUACAGUAUCGAUGAUCUCAGCCUAUCACAAUUUGACUACGAUCCUAGUGCAGAAGGCAAUGCGGCCAAGAAGAUGCGAUCGUAA